AUGUCCACGGACGCGCGAGCCUCUACCGCCGACGGCAGCGAAACGACGGCCGGAUCGCCUGGCCGCCUCUCGCUCGCGUCACGCCCGGCCACAGCGCCAGCCGCUGUCCACCCUCCGGCCGCUGUCCACCCUCCGCUCACGUCGUGGGAGACGCUGCCACAGAGCGAGUCGUGGAUCGAGGCGGCGCGGCGCGGGGGCGAGCGCACGGGCUCCGUCCGCUCCUCCGUCCUCAACCUCACCAACACGAUCAUCGGCGCCGGCAUGCUCGGCCUGCCUGCCGCCUUUGCCGCGUGCGGCUGGGCGGUCGGCUCGCUGUUGCUGCUCGCGUGCGGCCUCUUCUCCGGGCUCGGCCUGCACCUCCUCUCUGCAGCGGCGGACCUCGACGGGGCACCCACCUCCUUCGGCUGCGUCGCGACCUCGUAUUUGGUCGUCGUCGGCGACUCGAUGCCGAAGGCGAUCGAACCGCUGGGCGCCUCCGGGCCGCUGCUGGACCGGCGGCUCUGGGUGGCGGCGGCGGUGCCGAUCCUUGCGCCGCUCGUGUCGCUGCGCCGGAUCGACGCGCUGAAGUAUGCUUCGCUGCUUGCGCUCGGCUGCUUGCUCCUAGUCACGGUUGAGAUUGUCGCCUUCUCGAGCGGCCCCGUGCUGCGCGCCUCGCCGCUCCUCAACCCAUACUCUAACAGCUCCCGCAACUGCUUCCCGCCCAACGGCGACCUGCCGUGCCGCGGCGCCGUCUCGGCCGCCACCAGCGCGCUCGACGCCGUGCCCAUCUUUGUCUUCUCCUUCACCUGCCAGCAAAACAUCGUCUCCAUCACAAACGGCCUCGUGCUCUCAGUCGUGGGCGCGACAGGCUCGACCACCGUCUCGUACCUCCUCCCCGGCUUUUGCUACUUCCGCCUCUGCCCGCGCAAGAGGUCGCCGAUGCGCCUCCUGGCGCUGCUGCAGCUCGCACUCGGCUGCAUCAUCAUGCCCGGAUCCCUCGCACUGAUCUUUGCAGCCGGCGCGGGCGAGAGGUAG